AGGGAUUGGGUGUGUAUUUUGUGCAGUUUCUUUGAUUUAAAUUGUAUUUUAACGUCGUAAGUCAAAUUUCCCAAACUCUAUUUGGCGCCCUGAAGGCAUCACACGUCACAUCAACAGACUUUACUCAGACAGGCCUCCAGAACACGGGAGACAAGGGGGCGUGUGUCCCUGAGGGGGGCGUGGCCGCGGCAUGCAAACGAAGCACGCCUCCAAGCGUCUGUCCCCCGUGAGCGGUGACGUCACGUGAGCGGCCCGUGUUGGUUCCAGCUGACUGACUGAGAGAGAGAGAGAGAGAGAGGGAGGGAGGGAAAACAAGAGCUUCAUCUUUGUGACUCUCUCUCAUCUCGUGAAUAUUAUUGUUUUCUCUUUAUUUCCUCCAUCUUUUUCAGUUUUUCGCGUGUGUUUUUGUUCAAUUUCGGUCAUUUUUCUUCUUCAUUUGCUCUCUUUUCUUCUUCUACUCCUUCUUCUUCUCCUCCGCUGCUGCUGAGACUCGCCUGUGUCUCUCUUCACUCAUUCAACGGGACUACGAUCAUCACCCUCUCACUUUUUGAUUAUUCACCUCAUCCGGGAUUAAAAUAUAGAAAAGAGAAUAAUCUCAGACAAACCAGCGGACCACACCGAACCGGACCCCAGUCCAGCGUCAGAUCCUGAAUCUGGAUUGAAUUCUUCUUCAUGUGACGUCUUUUUAUUUUUGGUGGAGUUUUUUGUGUUGCUCUGCUGAAGCAGGUGACAGCAUGAAUUAAGAAUAAUCCCGACAGCAUGCUGCCAUUUUGGAGAUAAACCCCCGUCUUUACUUGUGUUUUUUUACACUCUAAUGUCCUCAUGGGACAGGCGGAACACCGGGACACCAGGUGGAGAUAUUGAGCGCAACACCUGCACCGUUUGACGGCGCGUCUGUCAAUUAGCGUCUCUAAUUGGAUUAUUGUGAUCUUGAACUUAAAGAGUGUGUAGAGUCGCUGCUGCUCCUCCUCCUCCUCCUCCUCCUGCUGUAGACUGAAGUCAUGUCGAGGCCCCUCACUCAGCUCCUGCCUCCUGACCUCCCCGCCGGGGCCACCAGCCCCCAGUUCGGGCCCAGUAACCCCGCCGGAAGUGGCCCCCAGGGCGGACAACUGACCUCCAUGACCAACCUCAAGUCUCUGCUCCAGCUGCCAAUCAAGAGCGACCAGAGAGAGGUGAAGGACUGCUGCGAGAUGAAAGACAAAGACAAGCCAUCAGAGUCCGACGAGGACUCGCUGGGUGUCAACGCCGGAGGCCCCGGAGGCCCCGGAGGCCCCGGUGGCGUCGGAGGUGUCCCGGGUUCUGGUGGACUGAGGCCCAACUCCCAGUCAGCGUUCCUGGGCCCGCUGCUGUGGGAGAGGACGCUGCCGUGUGACGGAGGCCUGUUCCAGCUGCAGUACAUGGACCUGGAGGAGUUUCUGACCGAGAACGGGAUGGGGAUGCACAGCAACGGGCCCAGCUCCACCAGCGCCCAGAUCCCGUCCCAGAGUUCACAGUCAGCGGUGCCUAACCAGAGCUCCCAGUGUCCUCCCACGUCUCCUCCACCCUGCUCCUCCUCCUCGUCUUCCUCCAUGUCCUCUUCGUCCUCCUCAUCCUCGCUGCUUGGUCUGGAAACUGUACAGCCGCCGCCGCCACCGCCGCUGCCGCCACCUCAGCAGCAGCAGCAAAGCAUGAUGGGAGGACCUGAGUGUCUACAUGGUGCUCAGUCUGUACCUCAGGACCAGUCGCCCUCGUCCACCUGUCCUCCAGGACCCCCCGGACCUCCGGUGGUCGCCAACGGCAACAGCAACGAUGUCAUGGUGAACUUUGACCCCGACCCGGCGGACCUGGCGCUGUCGAGCGUGCCGGGUCAGGAGGCGUUUGACCCGCGGCGGCACCGCUUCAGCGACGACGAGCUCAAACCUCAGCCCAUGAUCAAGAAGGCUCGGAAGAUGCUGGUGCCCGACGAGCAGAAGGACGACAAGUACUGGUGCCGGCGCGUCAAGAACAACGAGGCGGCCAAACGCUCCCGGGACGCGCGGCGGCUCAAGGAGAACCAGAUCUCAGUGCGCGCCGCUUUCCUGGAGCGGGAGAACGCCGCCCUCCGCCAGGAGGUGGCAGACAUGAGGAAAGAGCUGGGCCGCUGCAGGAACGUCAUCAACAAGUACGAGAGCAGGCACGGAGACUUGUGAGGGCGCGAGGAGACGAGGACGCAAGGAAGGAAAGAGGCGGCAGAGGAAGUGUAAUCCAACGACAACAACAGCACUUUAGUUGAAGUGGCGACGACGGGGGAAGUCUGACGUAGAUCUGCAGUAAACGCGGUGCGACACCGGGCGCAAACACAAGAGGGCGCCACUUUUUUCCCCUUUUCUUCCUGCUUCACUCGAUCCUCGCCACACACUUUACCGCCCCCUUGUGUCACCUCCCGGCUCACGCGCCGCCGGUGUCGCACGAGGUUUUUGCAGGUAGUGCGUCUCAGUGCUGCCCCCGCCUGUUCAAACAGGGUGUUAGAUCAUUCACAUUAUGCCAGUGAAAUCUCACGUUUCGGACACAAAGCCAGGGAACGUUUUUCUUCUUACUAUAAAUAGAACAAAAAAAAAAAACCCAGAUAUUUUUGAACUGUGCAGGAAGGCGAGGGGCGUGUCCAGCAGCCAGGAAGAAAGAAGUGCAGGGAACUCGUCCACAACGCAAAGAGAUUUUGACAUAGGAUUAUUGUAUAUUUUUCUAUCAGCAGAGAUAGUGAUGAAGAGGAUUUUGGAGAUAAUCUUUUGUAUAUUUUAUACACGGGCGCGGGAGAGCGCUGUUAGCUGGACCAAGCUCUUUUCCUCCCUGCUGUUCAUCGCUCAAAAAACUAAACAAAUCCUCUAUUUUCGGCGUGACGCAGCAACAGCAGCAGCAUUAGAGAGGCGGGUGGAGGCGGAACAGAGAAUGUAUCGCGGUUAAAUCAGGUAUUUCACAAAGGUGCGAAGGGCGAUGACGUAUCUUAGUAACGAGCGUUCUGUUUUUAUUUGGCCGUUUUCAGAGGACGUGAAAACUGUACAGUUUUUGUGGUGUUUGGUUGUUUCUCCUGCGUCGGCUCCGUCCAAACACUUGAUUCUGUUUCUUCUACUUGAUUCCGUGUCCGAUGAUUUCUUUUGUUUUGAAGGUGAAUGAAAAACAGGAAGUAAUAAUAAUUAGCCAUAGAAGCAGCUGGACGUGACGUGACGACAGACGCUGGAGACGUUUUUUUUGGCUGCUGCACAAACUGUCAACACAAUAACACAAAAACACCUUUUUCCUUUCUCUUUUUUGUCGUGUUUUUCUCUCAGUUUGUGAAAAAAAACAAAAACUGGUUGAUUUGCCGUGAAAGAACAGUGACUGAGAACACACACACACACACACACACACACACACACACACACACACCGUCCUCCUCACCCAGGUUUUAUCGUCGUCGUUGAUGUUGUUAUGAACUUUUAUGGUGCUGAUCUGAUCUAACACACACACACACACACACACACACAUGCAAAAAAGCCACCUCCACACCUCAAACACUACAGUACUGAACUGCCUGUAACACUUUUAUUUUGUCUCUUAUUCCUUAUUUCCCCGUCUUCUUCUUCUUCU